CUGUUGGAGGUAGGCCUGUAGAGUUUUGGGGAGUGCAUAUAAUCAACAUAUUAUCGAAGGUGCCUAGAUAUUGAUCCCGUAUUCCGAGGUAGUUCAAAUUCGCCUCUUCUGGACCUUCGGGUUUGACCUCAAAUCGUCCGUGCUUGGUGGAGAAUAAUUCACGCGUAAAAUGCCGAAGAGAAAGUCUCCAGAGGGUCCCGAGGGCAAGGAGGCCUCCAAAGUCACAAAGCAAGAGACCCCCAGAAGGUCAGAGAGAUUGUUAGCGCAGAAACCUGCUCCAGCCAAGCCUGAGACCAAGCCCAAGAAGGCCAUCGCCAAGAAGGUGGCAGAGGAUAAGGGGGCGAAGGCAAAGAAAAGCGUCGCUAAGGGUAAGAAGGAUGACGGCCCCGCCCAGAACGGAGAGACCAAGACCAAUGAGGUAACUGAGGCGGCAGAGGAGGCGACCGAGGAGAAGGCGUAAAGACACGGGGCGCGUCCACCGACUCGUCCCCCUUCUGACAACCGUGGCAGCAAAGCAUCUUUUUUUACUGACGAUUUUUGUACCAUGCUGAAUUUUUUUUAGACUUGUGAUAGUAGAGACGGACAACCAGCAGCCCCAUCCCAUAUGUUCACGCUCCUUUCAGCUCCCUCACCCGCAGUAUGUGUUUUGCUCUACUCUCCUCCCUCCUCCAUUCUGUAUCGCUCAACGCAGAAAAAGACAGAAUGAAGUGUUUUUAUCGGGCGGCUGCAGAUGUUCUUCAUCUUGCCUGAAGGGGGCCGUAGACGCGACUGUUAUGAUCUCUAAACCAGCUCUGGCUAUACAUGUAGUCUCCACGAAGGAUCAUUACCAUCAUUGACACUCUUGACUACCCCCCCGAUGGUUAUACGGUGAGGAUUUGAAGAUGCACAGUUUGGAUGCAGAGCUACAAUAAACCAGGUUCAUAGUCGCCAUGGAGAACAUCUGCAGCUUUUUAAACAGAUUUUAGUUUUUAGAAUCGCCACCACUGUGUUUCACAUGUAGCUCCUUUUGUAUGUGUGUGCCGGAGUGAAUGUGCUUGUGGGUCUCUGUGUGUGACUUUAUUUACCCCCCUUAUCUUUUUCUUUUCCUCCCCUCCUGACCGCCUUGUCCUGCAGCAGAGUGACAUAGCAAUAAUGAGUGGUGCUUCUGUUCUAGACGCCUCUAUUGGCUUUGGACCCUCUGGGCUUCUCUUGAGUUUCAUCCUGUUGGGAGAAUAUUUUGAAAAUAAAAGAAAAAUUUGAUGUCA